GUAUUCUGUCAUAUCUGGCAGAUCGUCCCCCUCCCCAAUACAUUCAUCCCAGCAGCCUUAACAUGGAUGGAACUCUUUCCGUGUCCAACAACAACCCCUCUGGCUUAGACCCAUACAGUGGCCCCGGCGGCCCUCUUGAACAAGGCCUGGUGACCCUAGACACAAGACAGGUCGGAGGCCAGGCUGAUCUCCACCAAGGAGGCACUCACGAAGUUCAACUAGAUGCCACAGGACUAACCAUGGAGUCACGUGUAAGUAGUCCGAUGUCUCCUGAUGGAAUGGAAGAGGACUUGGCCACCAUGGAGGGUGUCGUGGUGGCAGAGACCCAGCAGCAGCUGGGUACCAGACCUCAGCCUCAUGAGGGAUUGACAGGUGUGAACUCCUCAGGAGGUGUGAUGCCCCUGCAUGGAGCAGGGCUGGAGCUCCCAGUGGUGAUGGAGCAGGAGCACAUAGGCGGCAGAGUAAGAACCAGCACUACAAGAACGGGCGGUCCAAGGACGCUUGGUGAAGCCUUGCAUUCUACUGGAGAACUGAACUCUGGGGUGGUUAGUGUGGUGCUCAUGGGGGCCAUGCCGCCUCAGGCUCAACUAGAACCGGUAUCUCUACAUGGACCUUCAGGAAUGGGACUCGAGCCUGUUAAUGUGUCGCCCAUCACCGCAGAAGUGUCUCUUGGGCCGGACAACAGUCUGGUGCUAGUGAACUCUACUUUACAACUAGAAGACUCAACAUCUAAUAAGGAAAACAUGGCCACUGCCUUCAACAUAUGGUGCACUUUAUGUGAGCGGUCAUAUCCGUCGGACUGCCCUGAGCAUGGACCCGUCACAUUCAUCCCAGACACGCCCAUUCAGAGCAGAGCCCGCCUCUCUCUGCCCCACCCCCUCUGCUUCCGCAUUUCUGUAGCUGAUGAACCCAUUGGUGUGUUUGCUAGAGAGACCAUACCCUCCAGGACCUGCUUUGGGCCGAUGAUCGGACAGCAUUGUAACAGUGUAGAACUUACAGACUGGUCUGAUAAAGAUACUCCUCAAAUAUGGAAGGUACAUGAACAGAAUCUCGUGGCAUAUAUUGACAACGGGAAGCUGUAUUUCUGCACAUCCAGAGAGAUUCUGCCAGAUCAGGAGCUGUUGUUUUACUACGGCAGGGACUACAGCAGACAGCUAGGUGUGCCCAGAGUGCCAGAGGGCCAGAUAUGUCAUUGUGGAAAAGAAUGUGGCUCUUUCACAGAGUUUAAAUCCCACCUCAGCAGCCAUGCCCAGAGCCACAGCCCCACCCAGGACCACCCUGUUCACGCUACACACAACCAAUCCCAGUCACAAGAGAAAGUGACCAAUGAGUUGUCCCAGUCCGCUUCCUCCCCACAGUGGCAGUGCCAUUCCGAUGUGCAUGAACAUUCCAGCAGCAGCAAUGGGCACGGUCGUGAGAGAAAGUUUAAAUGCAGCAUGUGCACACGAGCGUUCACUACGUCCACUAAGCUAAAUGUGCAUUUCAUGGGGCACAUGGGCAUGAGACCACAUAAGUGUAGCUACUGCAGCAAAGCCUUCAGUGAUCCCAGCAAUCUCAGAAAACACCUGAGAAUCCACACAGGUCAGAAGAACUUCAGGUGUACAGUAUGUGGGAAGUAUUUUACUCAGAAAGCACAUGUGGAAUCUCAUAUGGUUAUACACACUGGUGCCAAGAACAUUAAAUGUGACCAUUGUGACAAGAUGUUUGUGAGGAAACAAGAUCUCAAACAGCACAUGUAUUCACAUUCACUGUAA